AUGCUGCCGAGAGCGCAUAUCGGAUACUUGGUAGGCUACGAUUCGACGAAUAUCUAUCGAAUUUGGAUACCGAGUUUAGAGAAGGUUGUUCGAACAAGGGAUGUUACGUUCGAUGAGCAGCAAUUCUACAACCCAGCAGAACUAGAUAUAGGGCAAAUUCUGCGCGAAACUACUGAUCAGGUCAUAGAAAUUCUUGAUACGCCGCAUUUAGCGUAUACACAGCCAAAUUCGCUCGCCAACGAAGAGGAGGAUAUUGAGGACGAGAUAGUCGUCUCUUCGCCUCCUACACAGGCUAACAGCGCCAAAGUAACGCCUUCUAACGCUCUUCUAACGCCAGAAUCUACUCCUGAUCCUCCUACGCAAAACGCACAGAUUACGCAGCCUAUCUCUACGCUGAAUAACGCGCCUGCGGCAACGCCAGCGGCAGCGCCUCCUUCUGAAAAUCAAUCCGAUUUCAGCACUCAAAAUAUCCUGCCAGAAGGCACAAAACGCUCUCGAAUGAGCACGCGGCGCCAGAAUUACGCCACAGCGCUCACACAAACAACAGAACUCACUCCAUUCCACUCAGCAUUCGCUCUAGGGCGCGAAAAGACUAUAGGAGCAAAAAUAGAGGCCCUACAUAGGGAUACGCUGCCUGCGGAGCCGCGCACGUGGCGCCAGCUGACUAAGCACAAAUUCGCGGCAGAAUUCAAGGAAGCUGCGGAUAGAGAAAUUCAAGAGCUGGCGAACAGAGAUACGUACAAAUGGGUCGAAAAUGAGGCUAUAACAGCUACGCCCCUGCCACUGCUGUGGGUAUUUAAGUACAAAUUUGAUACUGACGGCUAUCUCACGAAAUUCAAAGCUAGGUUAUGCGUACGAGGCGACUUGCAAUCUACUGAGCAAGAUACGUACGCUGCAACGCUCGCAGCACGCACUUUUAGAGCGCUAAUGGCCAUAGCCGCGGCGUUUGACCUCGAAAUUCGCCAAUAUGACGCUGUUAACGCGUUCGUCAACAGCAAACUCGACGAGCAGAUAUUCUGCGUACCCCCUGAGGGUUACGAGCGCUCAAACAAGAGCUGGUUGCUUCUACGCGCAUUAGAUUUUACUGCUGCUCUUGAGGAUUUAGGGCUUCAUUCGAUCCCUGGCGUCAACUGCUUGUUCGCCAGCGACUGCCUCCUUCUGUUCUUCUACGUUGACGAUAUCGCUAUUCUUUACAAACCAAAGUAUAAGCAGAAAUUCAAGGAGUUCGAACGCCGCCUCCUCCAACGCUUCGAAAUGAGAUCUCUUGGAGAGCUAAAGUGGUUUCUAGGGAUUCGAGUCGAUAGAGAGCGCGCCACGCGCAAGCUAUGGCUUUGCCAGGACUCCUAUAUCUCGAAAGUAGCCGCCAAAUUCAACGUUAACGCUGACAGCAAGCAUCCAAAGACGCCAUUGCCGACUGACGAUGCCCUAAUAGCCGAAUUAAGCGACGAAAAAGCGGCCGCACAGCAAAUUCUGGCCUAUCAGCAGCGAAUUAGAUCUCUAAAUUUCGCCGCAGUAAUAUCUCGCCCAGAUAUAGCGCACGCAGUAUCGAAAUUAGCGCAAGUUUUGAAGAAUCCCAGCGCGGCUCACAUAGCCGCAGCAAAUCGAGUUAUUCGCUAUCUCUGUGGCACGCGCACGCUGGCAAUCGAAUAUUCAGGCAGAAAUAGCUCGCAGGUAUUCAACUGUGCUAGCGACGCAGCAUUCGCAGAUGAUCCUGCUACUCAGCACAGCUCUGACAGAUACCUAUUCCAGCUAUACGGAGGAGCUAUAGAUUGGCGCGCUAGCAAGCAGAAAACGGUCACUACUUCUAGCACUGAGGCGGAGCUGUUAUCUCUAUCCACAGCCGGUAGAGAGGUAAUUUGGUGGCGGAGAUUCUUCGACUCUAUUCGCUUCGUUACGAAUCAGCACGUCAAGAUCCACUGCGAUAACGUGCAAACUAUACGUAUCUUGACGAAGAAUGCUGUUAAACUCGAUUCGAAGCUGCGGCACGUCGAUAUCCACCGCCACUGGCUGCGCCAGGAGAUACAGAGCGGCAAAAUCGACCUAGAGUGGAUACCAACCGCAGAAAUGCCUGCCGACGGUCUCACAAAGCCACUCCCUGCGCAGAAGCACGCAGCGUUCGUCGAACAGCUCAAUCUAGUCGAUAUAUCGACUCGUUUGGCGGCAGAGCAACAGCAGGCGCAGGCGCCGCAGCAGACAGAAACAGGGCCGAAUAUCGAAACUCUGCGCUAUCACUAUUUAGGCGAUACAUAA